AUGAGCACUGAAAGGAGCGGGGAAAAGCACCGAUUUCGAUACCAUUCUGACAAAAUCGAAGCCGACUAUGAAAAUAGUGAGCAUGUGCCUUGUCCUCGUGUGACGUAUCGUCACUUGCUCAGUACAAGCUACGAGCCUGAGAACCCAUUACGGGUCAUUGCACAUUGCGAUGUCGACGCAGCCUACGCACAGUUUGAGGCGUCGAGGCUUGGAAUAGACUCCCGCUCAAACCCACUGGUUGUGUUGCAGUGGAAGCAAAUCAUUGCUGUUAAUUAUGUGGCCAGGAAGUUUGGCGUAAGCAGAUUCAAUUGUACACUCGAGGAGGCCAAGCAACGGUGUCCAGACCUCCGCCUCGUACACGUCGCAUCGUAUGGACCCGGUGAUAAAUCGCCAAAAUACUAUGAGGAUCCUGAUCCAUCUAGUCACAAAAUUUCACUAGACAUGUAUCGGCGAGAAUCGAAGAAAAUUAUGGAUAUUUUUCAGCGCCAGUUGUGUCACGAUCAUGUGCCCUAUGGUCACGCAAACUAUGAACUCGAGUCUAUCACGACUGAAGGCUGGAGUCCAUCCGUUCUACACAUGAAAGGCCAAUCGAAAGACCAUGAUAUCAUAUUUGAAAAGGCAUCGAUUGACGAAUCUUUCUUUGACUUGUCUAGGUACGUGCGCAAGCAGAUACUAUCGCGUUUUCCUUCGCUGGACAUUCGCAAAGAGGUGAACGGUUUCGACGCUGAUACACGGGCAGCUCGACUCGAUGCAGAGCUGCCGCCUAUACCCAUGCAUGUACGUGAUGAGAUGAGCAUGCGAGCCUGGCUUGCUCUUGGUACCUGGCUUCCGCCUAGUGAGCACAGGGAAGAGCAAUCACUUCUUACGCCCCUUACAUGGAUCGACGUGGCGCAUGCUAUGGCGGCAGAACGUAUGAUAUCAGUGCGCUGGCACAUUUUGAACGAAUUGGGAUAUACAACCUCGGCUGGUAUCGCGUCGAAUAAAACAUUGGCGAAGCUAUGCUCAUCGUUCCGAAAACCAUGCAGUCAAACCAUGCUCCUUCCCCGGUACACAUGUGCCUUUUUGGCCCCUAUGCCGUAUCGAAAGAUUCGAUUUCUCGGUGGGAAAUUUGGUGCGGAUAUCGAAGGAGAAUGGAGUCAGUCGACUGUACGAGAAUUAUGGGGCGUGUCCCUUUUAGACAUGGAGAAACGAUUUGGAGCGGAUGGUAAAUGGUUGUAUCACUUGAUCCGUGGUAUUGACACAUCUAAUGUUGUCCAGCGCUCUGCUAAUCAUUCCAUGAUGUCAGCCAAGAAUUUUCGUCCUGGGAUUUCCUCCACGGCUGUGGCUCUUUCUUGGAUUGCCAUCAUGUCGUCUGAGCUAAGUAUGCGGCUACAAGAAGAGCGAGAAGAGGUGAAAAUGAUGUAUCCACGUACAUUGGUUCUAAGAUAUUUACUCGCGGAUUCCACCUCUAUGAAAAGUCAUCAAGUUCCGUUCGGAAAAAUUGCAAAUGAGCACUUAGAUCAUGAGAUUUAUGUGCGAGCAGAGAAACUUUGGAACGAGACGCUUGGUCGCGCCAUGCAGCAGCCGGGGCGCAUAGACGUCCGUGUUCUUUCACUUUCUUUUGCAGGUAUAGAGCGCAAGAUGAAAGAUCAGCAACCUCUUUCCAACUUCUUUUCUAAACGAAAAAGUGAUCAUGAUGCGAAAGUGGCCCUCAAGUUGCCUCGAACUCAGUCACCUCCCUAUGACUUAGUAACAGACCCAACAUCUCAAACAGAAAUGGCACAAUGGACAUGCUUGAAAUGCAGUCACGUACUCAGUGUUCCCAUUUUCGAGGAUGUUGAGCCUCAUGCCACAGAGCCGCCGUCUUACCUGGGUAUCCUGCAGCGGGCAUGCGAGGAACACGAGCAUUGGCACAUGGCCUUGGCCUUGGCGGAGAGGCUGGAGUAA